AUGACCAAGCAGAUUCGCUUUCCCGAGGGGUUCCUGUGGGGUGCCGCUACUGCGUCGUAUCAGGUUGAGGGUGCAGUGAAUGAAGGCGGUCGUGGUGCCAGCAUCUGGGACGCGUUCUCGCACACUCCGGGCAAGACUGUGAAUGGCGAUACGGGCGACGUAGCCAUCGACCACUACCACCGCUACAAGGAAGACGUGGCACUUAUGAAGAGUAUGGGACUCAAGGCCUACCGUUUCUCCUUUGCCUGGCCACGCAUCAUUCCGGCCGGUGUGGGUGAGGUCAACGAGGAAGGCGUGCAGUUCUACAACAACCUUAUCAACGAGCUACUGGCUAACGGAAUCGAGCCCAUGGCUACACUAUACCACUGGGAUCUACCGCUAGCAUUGCAGACGGAGUUUGAUGGAUUCCUGGGUGAACAGAUCCAUGACCAUUUCGCGCAGUAUGCUCGAGUGUGCUUUGAACGGUUCGGCGACCGUGUCAAGAACUGGAUCACAAUGAAUGAGCCGUGGGUGGCCAACUACAUGGGCUUCGGCACGGGUAUGCUGGCUCCUGGACGCAAGCAUAACAAGCACUUUGAGCCGUAUCUUGCGGGUCACAACAUGCUGAUUGCACACGCCCGGGCUGUGGAAGUCUACCGGAAGGAGUUCCAGGAGACUCAGGGUGGCCAGAUUGGUAUCACUCUGAGCGCUGAGUGGAAGGAGCCUGGACCCACCGAUGAUCCAGAACAGAAGAAGAAGAACAUUGCUGCGGCGGAGCGUGCGAUGGCGUGGAGUUUCGAUUGGUUUGCGGCGCCAGUGUUCUUUGGCGACUACCCACAGAUCAUGAAAGACCGAGCCGGUGACCGACUGCCGAAGUUCACCGAGGAGCAGAAGAAAUUGCUGAAGGGAAGCUCCGACUUCUUCGGGCUUAACAACUACAGUUCGUGCUACGUCAAGCCGUCGCCUGAGUUCGAGGCUGGUAUCGCACCUCCGAAUGACAACACUGGCAGUCUCGAGGCUGAUGAAGGCGCUACGGGUUACCAAGAUCCGUCCUGGGUGCAAACUGGGGCUCCGUGGAACUACGUCACGCCUUGGGGACUGAAGAAACUCUGCUUGUACAUCCACGAGAAGUAUCACCCGAAGAACGGUAUCAUCAUCACGGAGAACGGUUCAGCCUGGCCUGAUGUGACGAAGGAGGAGGCCCAGCAAGACACCCAGCGCGAAGAUUGCUACCGCCAGUACAUCGCCAAUGUUCACGAGGCGAUUACGGAGGGUGCUGACGUUCGCGGCUACUUUGCGUGGUCCUUCUUUGACAACUACGAGUGCGGUAUUGGCAGUCUCGCGGUGCAUCCGUCUCGGAAGUUCUUCGCAGUGGGUGAAAAGGGAGUGAAGCCCAACAUCUCCAUCUAUCGCUACCCGGAACUAACGGUAUCUCAUGUAUUACGGAAUGGAACGGAACGCGCUUAUGCCAGCGUGGAAUUCAGCCAGGACGGCGAAACACUGGCAUCUGUGGGCAGUGGCCCCGAUUUCCUGUUAACAGUGUGGAAGUGGCGCGAGGAGCAGACGGUUCUUCGAUGCAAAGCAUUCGGACAAGACGUAUUUAGUGUUCGUUUUGCUCCGACGGACAGUGGAUUUCUCGCUACCAGUGGCGUCGGACACAUCCGCCUCUGGAAGAUGGCAGCCACUUUCACUGGUCUCAAACUACAGGGUGACAUUGGGAAGUUCGGCAAAAGUGAGCUCAGUGACAUCGAAGCUUUUUGCGUGCUCCCCGACAAAAAAGUAUUGAGUGGCACGGAACGCGGCGUACUUUUGCUAUGGGAUGGCAAUUUUAUCAAGUGUGAGAUCAUGACAUCCCGACGCCAUCUUCCCCAUGCCGGCACGAUUAAUGUUGUGGAUUUCGAUGAAGAUGAGGACCAUAUCGUGACAGCAGGAAAAGAUGGCUACGUGCGGUUUUGGAGCUUCGAUUCCAUUGACAGCGCGGAUGUCCCGGCUGAUGAGACUGUCGCUCUUGUCCCUAUGAAGCGUCAGGUGCUGGUGAUGCCUCAAAUGGAUAUUCGUGCUGUGGUGAAGCAAGACACAGGUCGGUAUCUUUUGCAGGAUGGCGUCGGUGGUGUGCAUUUACUGUUGCUUAUCAACAAUGAUGAGCAUCUCGUCGAGAUGGACUAUGUCCCCAACGACACGGGUCGUGCGACGGGGAUUGCGUGUUCACCUUACGAGCAUCUCGCAGCUACUUGUGGCGAAGAUGGCGGUGUUCGUGCGUGGGAUUAUGUUUCCGGCACUUGUCUGAUGGCUGUGUUUCCAGAGCUGCCAUGCAUCGAAGAUCAAGACAAUGGCGGUGAAUACACGGCACUGGGAGCCGCUACCACGAUUGCAUGGGUGCCAAAGAGUGCUGCGGUGAUUAAUGAUAUCUUACCAGCGAGCAGACAGGUAGCAGUGGGCUUUGAUGACGGUUUGGUGCGCAUCCUACUAAUGGACGUGGAUCAUCGUGCAUGGGUACUCGUCAACGUAUUCAAGCCACACAGCAAGCGUGUAACGUGCGUGGCGUAUUCACACUCGGGUUCUUCUUUUGUGUCGGCUAGUGCGGAUGGAACUUUCUUCCUCUUCCACGUCGUGCCCAAUAUCAAGUCAUCCAAAUUUGUUAAGUACCAGUCGGAGUACGAGCCUUACGGAUUCCAGCGCGUACCAGCAUCCGUGGUUGCUAUUUGCUGGCGUGAUGAUGACGAGGCAGUUCUUGUCACACUAGCAAACGGUCAAGUUUUAGAAUAUUUCGUGCCCGGUGAUCUGGACGGGAAUACUGGGGGAGACACUGAGAGAUCGGACACUACGACUACUGACGAGUCUAUGUUUCAGCAUGAAGCCUCUGCUGCAGAACGAGAAUCGUUUGAGCUCCAGUUAUCAUCUCGUGAGUGGAUGCUGAAACACAGGAACCGGUUUAUGACUGUAAAGGAGCUAGAAAUACUCGAGGCUCAAUACCCAAACAUUAGUUCUCCCGAGACGGAAGACAAAGUCCGUAACCAGUUCCAGGUAGAAGUCAAACCUGCGAAUGGUAGAGCAAAGGCGUUGGCGGCUCUCUAUACGCCAAUGACAGAGCAAGACACCGAAGAUCGCAUCUAUCUCAGCUGCCAAGCACCACUAGAUGGUACGCUCUUCGUGGUUGAGCACGAUCAGUCUACGCCGCUACAGGAGCUCGCGUCGGAGUCUGCUGGACAAAUUACUUCACUCGCAUUAUCAACGUCCGAGCGAUUCAUCCUGUGCGGGUUAUCGAACGGUAAAUUCCAGCUUCGGAGCUCACGUAGACCUCACGCGUUCAUUAGUAGUGAAUUCCAUGACUACGCACCUUCCACUAGCAACGACAAGCUGCAUCUUGCAAUGUCUUAUGACGAUUCGUAUGUAGUCGCAGUUGGAAGUGACGGGAAUCUGAGCAUUUGCCGAAUACACAGCAACAGAGUCGAGGAAGCGUCCAAGUUGUUUGCUGGGAAGUAUGAGAGUGUCCUGGCUGAGGCUGAUAUCGCGCGUGACCAGGCUCGUGAGAAGCAAGAGUCAGUGCUGACAAUGCAGCGGAAGGCGAUGGAGGAAAAAGGCGAAGAUGAUCCUAGUAACGGCGGAGGCGCAGCAAGUACUGACUUGAGCGCGUUGCCUGCAUUCCACGGAGCUAAAGCCUACGCUGCUUACAUCGAGAACAAGCUGUCGCCUAGCGUUGCUGCUGCUAAGGAUAAGGAAGAGUUCCUUGGUGUUAUCCGUUUUGCGAGUGACGAGAAGAGUAUCGAUGGUCUCCCCAAGGCAACCUCACCGAUUCGGGAUGACGGUUCAAAGCCGCAAACUGGAGUUCCUGCCACAGCCUUGUUACAGUUAAGUGUGGAAGAUAUCACAAACUCGAAGGAAGCGUACACAAUCGAGGAUGCAAAACUGAAGAGUGAGGCUGAUGCCAGAGCGAGGUCAACGCUAAGUAAACAGGACUCCACACGUGCUGUAUUGAGUCAAAUGCGCACUCAACUUCAAGAACUUCAAGCACAGGAUGCUGCACUACCAGUUCAAAGUCGUGUCGAUCCGGAGGAGUGGGAAAUCGAUCUGGACUAUGGAGAUCUGCUGACCAGACAGGGCGAUGAGGCGUGCGAUGAAGUGCGCAAGGAACUUGCAUUCGCGGUGGAGAAAGAAGAGCUGUUACUGCUCAAGAUGCGUGAAACCUACGUCGGUCCGCUAGCUGUAGAGCUGCUGACGUUGCGUGCAUUUGAGAGUGGAUUGAGCGUCCAGUCCUUCCGCACAAUGAAGAUGCCGGCAACUCUACAGAAACGACUGGCUGAAAUCCACACUGCUGACGCUGCUGCCAAAAAACAAUCAUCGACAGGAGCGAAGGCCGGUCCAACAAGGCGAGCGUCAGUACUGGAUAUCAUGGAGAAGGAUACAGCGUUGGAUGAGGACUUCCCCUUGAAAGAGGACGAACGGCGUAAGCUCAUGUGUCACAACGAUCCUGCUGUCGGUGGUAAUGGAGCAACAGGUUGGUCGGGCGGUCCGUCGACAGUGCAGGAGACAGGUGGGUCGAAGUCCGUUCACGGCUUCGAAGCACGCAAACGACUACGCACGGAGCGAAAGGAGAGGCUAGCACGCUGGCAAAGCAGUAAACCAGGCGAGGAUGCUGACGAUCCGAGGGACGUUGUUGCUAUCGCCUUCGCACAGCGUAAUAUGGGUGACUACAAACUGAAAACUUCUGCAGACUACGUGGUUCCAGAACACCAACGCGUCAAUGCAGUGAAGAAACUACGACAAAUGGCUCUGCUGGAAGAGAGUUUGUAUGCUGCACGCCUGCGCUUCAAUGCCAAAGUGCUUGAACUUCGUGAGUUGAAGGUGCAGUUGAUUAAUGAGCUGCAUCGCGACCAAGAGCGACUAGUCGAGCUCCGUGCCGCACUAGCUUCAGGCGGGUCAACAUCUGCUAAGACAUCCACAGAUCUAGUUGUUGACCUUCGCGAGUGGCCGGAGCAGCGAGAGCGUGUAAGCGAUGCCGAUAUUGAGCUCUUCUUGCGUGAGAAGAAGGUGAUAUCGCACGCGCAGACUCAGACAGGGGAGACGGACUUGUCACUGUCACGCACAGGCGGAGCUGAAAAGCACCCUCAAUCAUUAGAUCGAUCUAUCGCUGCUGUCGCUAGAACUCUUGAAGGAACUCUAGGAACUGAGGCAGCCACUGGGAUCACUAUUGGACAUUUGCGUUUGCAGAUGGAUGAAGCCACUGCGGUGGCUACUGCUACCGCUGCGACUGCGUCGCCACCCACAGGUGGUCCAAAUGGAGGAAAUAUGGACGAGGAUGACGUCGUUAUCCAUGAAUACUUGAUGCGCCAAGAAGCACUACUGCUAGAACGGAAGCAACAACGUGAGAUAGCAGCGUUUGAUGCUGCGGUAGCGCAUCUUCGUCGCGAGAAACUAACUCUAGAGGCUGGUUUUAAACAAGCGGAGCUUCGGCUGUUCACUCUUUUCAGCGAGUUGUCGCUCCUUGAGUCGUUCGAGAGCAAAGAGAACUUGUUGAGCAGUAAAUUGGAGAAGAACAAAGGAGAAAAGGCUCAGAUUGUGGCGGAACUGCGCGAUGUACAAGACCUGCUAACGAUUAAGAAGCGCGAUCUCGACGAAUGGGCGAAACAGGAGAAAGCAGUGCAAGCAGAGUUCCUUACUCUGGUGAAUGGAGGAACGGGAUCCAGUGCUACGCCUCACCCGAGCUUUGCGGCGCUGCAGAAGCUGUUUAAACGCAAGAUCAAGCGAGCCAAGAAGAAGCCAACGACGGGUGGAAAGGAAGACGGGAAAGAGCCUGACAGUGCAAGGGAUGGCGAGGAGCAGGAGGAAGGAGAGGAAGAAGAUGAUGAUGAUGAAGACGAGGACUACGACGAAGAUGACGACGACGAUGAUGAAGAAGAAGAGGAUACAUGCCCCACCGGAUGCGACUUGACACUGUACGAGAAGGUGCUGGCGUUGCGUGAGAAGCGUGCUGAUGUAGACGACGCGAUGGGUGAGCUGAACAAGGCGAUCGAAGAGCUUCGCAAGGCAGGAGAGCGACAGGCAGCCAAGCAACGUGCGAUUGACAAGGAACUGGCUGCGACGGAGCAGGAUACGCAGCAGUUCCAGAGUGAAAAGCAGUCGCGCUUCAACCAGUUAGACGUCGUGGUGCCGCUCAGUACGCGGCAACUACGUUGUCUUGAGCCUCCGUCUCCGAACCAGCAGAAUUGGGCUCUGCCCGCUCAAGCUGCUGGCUGCCUCGUGUUCACCACCCGCGCUUUCUCUGCAUUAUCAGAGCGGAUCGAGUCGUUGCAAGCCGAGAACAAGCAGCUACGUCAGCAAUUCCGUGAUCUUCACAAGCAGCAGAACGUUCUUGCUCGAGAGAAACGCCAACAGCAAGAAGCCAUUGCGCGAGCUCAGGAUCGCAGCGAGCAGCUAAUGCGACUUAAAUUCGGACAGCUAGUGGAUCUGGAGGUGCUGGAUCGCGCUUGUGACGCGUCUUCGGUGGACGAAUUGCAGACUCGCGUCAAGCUGCGCGAGGUUGAAGGUGAGCGAACACUGCGUCGUGCCAAACAGACACACCCACAACUUCAGCACGCCAUUCUACAGGCGACCGAGCAGAACACUGCCUUGUUAGCACAGAUCGCUGCGCUUACAGAGCGUCAGGCUGAACUGGAACGCGAACUCAAUCGCCAUCAGGGUGGUGGAAGUAGCAGUGGAGAUGGUGGUGGGGUGCUCAGUAUUGACGACGACGAGGCGUUAGCAGAACGUGAGAUGAAGGAACGCAACAAGCUCGUGAGACUCGUCAAACUACAGGCUAGAGAAGUUGAAGCGCUCAAACAGGAGAUCGGACUGCUACGUGGCAAGGAUGGCAAGGUGUAUGCGCCUCGCGUGUAAAGCUCGUUCUGAUACAAAAAUUAAGCACUUUUAAAAAGUGCUUUUAAUUUUUUGCGUAUUGAAAAAGACUUUUUUUCAUCCUCUUAUUAUUACCAAAAAAAAACAAAUACUACGCAUUAAUACUACC